AUGCCCAUCAAGUCACCCACCUCUGCCGGCACCAAUAGCCAUAACAGCCAUUUCAACCAAAAGUUGAAGAAUUUCUUCCGGAUAAACACUUCUAAUACCAAUGGAGAUAAGGAGAAGAACCUCGACCAUGCCUUGAAAUCGGAGGGCAAAGUUGGCUUUCGUCAGUCCAGGAAAUUUUUUACCAAUGUCGGUAGAAUUAGGUCGACUACCACCGCGAGCGAGGGAAAUCCCCUAGACGACGCUCUCAGCCCCACUGCCCAUGCGAAUCCAUAUUUCGCCCAUCAGGGCCAACCCGGACUCCGACAUCAUAACGAAGGCUCCGUGCCGCCGAGUCCUCCCGACACUCCUAGUUUAAAGAUCCACGGUCCCGACGGCGCAAAGGAGCAAGCCACAAAUGCUACGAAGGAAGAGCUGGCGAGGAAAUUGCGGAGAGUUGCGAGUGCCCCUAAUGCUCAGGGCCUCUUUAACCAAGGGAAGGGCAGCGGAGAGAGGCCGGCCACUGCAGAGCUGGGAAAAGAACCCUUAAUCCAGGGAACAAAUGCUGCCUCUUUAGGGUUCAUCGAUGCCAAAGCCGCACUCGCCGAGGCCGGAACGCUUGCCGUACCUGAGAAUGAUGGCCUCGGAGCGCUUCCUCCGCCGCCAAACCCCAAUUCCCUAGCGUUUCGUAGGACGUACAGCUCCAACUCGAUCAAAGUCCGCACCGUAGAGGUCAGCCCCGCCAGUUUCGACAAGAUUAAGCUCAUUGGAAAGGGUGACGUUGGAAAGGUUUACCUCGUAAGGGAGAAGAAGAGUUCUAGACUCUAUGCUAUGAAAGUUCUGAGCAAGAAGGAGAUGAUCAAACGUAACAAGAUCAAGAGGGCAUUGGCCGAGCAGGAAAUCUUGGCGACGAGUAACCACCCUUUUAUCGUAACCCUAUACCACUCUUUCCAAUCCGAAGAUCAUCUAUACCUGUGUAUGGAAUAUUGUAGCGGUGGGGAAUUCUUCCGAGCAUUACAGACCCGCCCAGGCAAAUGUAUCCCCGAAGACGAUGCUCGCUUUUAUGCUGCCGAGGUCACGGCAGCUCUAGAAUACCUUCACUUGAUGGGAUUCAUAUAUAGGGACCUGAAGCCAGAGAAUAUCUUGCUUCACCAAUCAGGACACAUUAUGCUUUCUGAUUUUGACCUCUCGAAACAGUCGGAUCCCGGCGGUAAGCCUACCAUGAUUAUGGGAAAGAAUGGUGCAAGUACCUCGUCGCUCCCUACGAUAGAUACGAAAUCGUGUAUCGCCAACUUCAGAACGAACUCGUUUGUGGGUACUGAGGAAUAUAUCGCUCCAGAAGUCAUCAAGGGCAGCGGGCACACAAGUGCCGUCGAUUGGUGGACCCUCGGUAUCUUGAUAUACGAGAUGCUAUACGGCACCACGCCCUUCAAGGGAAAGAAUCGUAAUGCGACUUUUGCCAACAUUCUUCGAGAAGAGAUACCGUUUCCGGAGCACUCCGGAGCACCCCAAAUUUCACAUCUUUGCAAGUCGUUAAUACGGAAAUUGCUAAUCAAGGAUGAGACGAGGAGAUUGGGUGCGAGGGCCGGAGCUUCCGAUAUCAAGGGCCAUCCUUUCUUCCGGACAACUCAGUGGGCCCUUAUUCGACAUAUGAAGCCACCAAUAGUUCCGCAUGCGGGUCGCGGGGUCGACACGGUCAAUUUUAGAAACGUCAAGGAGAGUGAGAGCGUCGAUAUCACUGGUUCAAGGCAGUUGGCAUUCUCCAAAGGUGUUCCAUUGGACAGCGAGCUUGCGACACCUGGUAACGAGACUGUCGAUCCUUUUGAAGAAUUCAACAGUAUAACAUUACACCACGAGGGCGAUGAUUAUGACAGCGACAGGUGA